AUGGAUUUCGUCUCCCGUAAGAUCUAUCAUGUACAUGGAUUUGAUUCCAGACAACAUCUGGAGCAUUACCUGUCAGCUAAACCUGAUAUGGUCUUUGAAGAGGAUUUCUUGAUAUUUCCCAUUGAAAAUCUUACAAAAGCUUUUAUACCAGGUCAUAUUAAAGGAGAUGUCCUCAUUGACCUUAGUAUUGGUUCCUUUAUCCAUCAUCUAUAUUCAGCCUGUGAGUUUUUCAACCACAUCAUAGUCCUGAAGGUCAGUGACAGAUGCAUCAUGGAGCUGAAGAGAUGGCUGGACACACGGACAGGAGCAUUUGAAUGGGGACAUGCUGCACAACUUCAGGUAGACCUUGAAGGAAAGAGCACACAGUUACAGGACAAAGAAGGAAAAGUGCGAGAAGCUGUUCAACAUGUCGUAAAAUGUAACCUUAAAAAAGAAAAUAUAAUGGAUCCAAUGGUCUUACCACCAGCCGAUUGUAUCAUAAGUGUUAUGCUCCUAGAUAAUAUCUGCAAAGACCAAGAUGACUACAGGAGAUAUCUCAGGAAGUUCUCACAGUUACUAAAACCUGGAGGACACCUCAUAUUAAUUGGGGCUUUAGAUGUUACAUAUUACACAGUUGGGGAAGACAAGCUCCAUGCCUUCAGUUAUGAUGAGGAUUUUGCCAGGAAAACUCUAGUUGGAGAAGGAUUUGUGAUAGACGACUGUAAGGUUAAGAAGAGAACAAAUGUAAGUGACCUUACUGACUAUAAGGCCGUGAUAUUUAUUGCAGUUCACAGGGAGAAGUAG